AUGCAACUCACGUCCACCUUCGUUCUUGCCGCCAUCGUCGCCCUCAAGGCCACCAGCACGGCUGCUCUGCCUGUCGCUGCUUCCGAGCUCACUAUCGUCGAUGCCCGCGAGGCCGACCUCGUCGACUUCGAAGCCCGUGAAUUCGACAACGAGCUUGAGCUCGAGGCUCGUGAAUUCGACGACGAAUAUGAGCUCGAGGCUCGCGAGUUCGACGAUGAACUUGACGCCCGUGACGUCGACAACGAGUUCGAAUUCGAGGCACGAGGGGACAACUUCGAGGAUCUCGAGGCUCGCAUCGUCAAGUCCACCAACCUCAAGCCGGCCACCACCAAAGCCAAGGUCCCUUCCCCGAUCAACGUUGCGAAAGCCAACCGCAAGAGUGUCAGCAGCGCCUCUACCACCCCGGUGACGUCGAAGAAAACCAGCGUUAGCACCCCGCGGACACCCGUCUCCUCCAAGAAGGUCGGCUCUACCACAAACACGCCCGUAACUUCCAAGAAGACUGGCCUCCGAACUCCUAAUACCCCAGUGACUUCCAAGCACACUGGAAUCAGGACCCCCAAGACCCCCUUGACGCCAGGGAAGAAGACUAACCUCGGUCUGAAGACCCCUUUGACACCCGGGAAGAAGACUGGCUCCCGCGUUCCGAAGAGCCCGUUGACGCCCAAGAGGACCGGAGGCGGUUCUAAGGUCAGCGCCGAGCGCACCCACUCAGGUCGCACUGGCAGCCAGCGCUCAAACGGAAGCAAGUCCAACAGCCAGCUCCGCAAGCACACCGGAACCAACAGCCGCACCAGCUCUAGCCGUGGCCGCACUUCAGCCGCUGGUCACUCAAGCCAAACGAGCCGCUCUGGUUCGCAAAGCUCCCGCAACACCCCUGGUCGCUCUCACUCAACCGGAGGAGCUCCCCACAAGUUCGGACAGAACUCGCGUUCGCACUCCGCCUCGCGCACUGGUACACAAGGUCGUUCUGGCGCCCGCAAGACAACUGGUUCCAACAAGGAGCGUCAAUCCAACCGUCACUCGACCUCUGGUUCCCGUCAGCACUCCUCCAAUCGCGGAACUAGCGCGAAUAAGAUUGGCUCGAACGGAAAGACCCACACUCUGAGCAAGAGCGGCGACCGAGCGGGUAGCCGCAGCUCCGAGACCCUCCAGAAGCACACCAAGUCCAACCACAGGUCUUCCGGAGUUAAGGGCACUUCCAGGUCCCAGUAA